AUGGAUCCACUUCCCCUCCCGGAGCAAUACGAAUUCUGCUUCGCCAAUGCUACUGCGACUGUCGGCUGCACUUCGGCCACAAACGACAGUAGUGCGGUCAUGUCUUGCAUGCGUGCCGCACCGCUCUCCACUCUAGUCACCGCGAUCAACGAUCGACCCUCGAACUGCUCCUACCUCCCAAUUAUCGACGGCCAAUUCCUUACUGACCUACCUUCACGCCUUAUAACACGCGGCGCGUUUCACAAAAUGCCGUUUAUCGGCGGGCACGUUACCGAUGAUGGUUCAAUCUUUGUUGGGAACCCCGCGAACUUUGUGAACACGACGGAGGGGUUCGUGGAGGCGCUCAUGAAGCGAUACUUGUAUCUUUCGAACGCAACGAUUGACCGAAUGAUAGAGCUUUACCCAGAGAACGACUUCUCGUCGCAGUGGGAGAGGGCGAUGACUGCAUUCGGAGACACAGUAUUUACCUGCAUGGAUUGGUUCAUUGGGCAAAAGCUGCUGUCAGAAGGGUAUGAGAACGUGUAUAAUUACCGGUUCAAUACGCCAGACCCCGUGCAGCUCGCCGCGAACCCAUGGGAGGGCGUGAUGCACACGUCCGAGCUGUUCUUCCUCUUCCAAGGCACGAACUCCGGCCCCAACCCCACCGCGCCUACAGCUAUUUUCGCGCCCUUCAAUUCGUCCGAACAGGUGCUUGCGACAGAGACCAUCGGAUACUGGACAAGCUUCGCACGCGCCUUCGAUCCAAAUGCGUUCAAGCCGCUCGCAUCGUCGCCACUAUGGCUCUCUGCGUCCAGCCACCAGCGUCUUGUCAACCAGGAGGGCGGACCAAACUCUACAGAGUCACACAUGGAGGAGCAGGAGGACAUUUACAUCCAAAGAUGUUUGUUCUGGAACGAGGUUGGGAACGAAACGAGGGUCUGA